UGUCAGAUGAUUAACUGCAAGUGUUUAUCAGAGAAAAGGCUUACUCAGUAAUGGCUACAGAUGCAUUUCUUCCUCCGUAUUCUGGGAGUGAGGUCAGAACAUACAGUGCUGCAGGCCAGAGAGCACUGCUUAGCAGCAGAGGAACUGUCAAGUUAGCUGGAGUAAAAGAGGUCCUCUACCACCCAUCCCUUCCAACACUGAGGCGAAUGGACAUGGAUACUGUUGCACAUAAGUUGCCAGAUGAGCACUGCAGAACGAUGACUGCUUGCUGCCCAGAUGAUUUUAAGAAUAACACAUUUUCUUUGGUUGAAGAUAAUGAAAGGCGCGUUUUAACUCUAGGAAUAACAAAGACAGGUCAAAGCCUGUCUGCCAAGCUUCGAUCACAGGCUAAGGGCCCUCUGCCUCAACUUGCUGUACAUAGCUACAGUCCUUUUCACAAAGGCCCAGACUGGUCACAGGUUCUUGCUGAGCGAGGAAGAAUCCUAUGUCCACCUAUGGAGAAAGCAGAACUGCGUGUCAUAAAUGGUGGUGUGAAAUAUGCCAUGCCUGGACCCCCACGAUCAUGGAGGUAUCAUCUGACCCCAGAACCCAGUCUGGACAAGUUUGGCCAGAAGCCUACGCCCUUCAAUGUUAACAACAGAUACAGAACUUAUGAAUCACUGGUCAGGUAUACAUCCUGCAUCAGACCCAGACAGCAGAGUGCAGUAUGAGGAUUUUCAGUUACUUUUACAUGUGUGAAUGUUUACUGUUAAGAAAUCUUUUCCCUCUUCUUUGGAAUAAAAUCCAAUAAAAAAUGUUGAACAUUCA